AUGCCCACGAGGAAGUGCCAGGAGGCAUGGAAGCUAGAUUUGCGAUCCGCAAAAGGAGACAACGACGAAGGGAGACCGCCACGGCGUGACAGCGUGACGGAGUGUGAGCCGACGACGCUCUCAUCUCUCUUUAAAGUGCUCCCUUCCCCAGAUCCCCCAUAUGAACACCCCGAGAUUUACUCCAGUCUUGAACCGGGAGCCCUCGAAUACAACCAGUACACCUGCUACUCUUUGUUUUGGGCAGAACGCUCGCACUCCUCGCUCAUCAUGGCCCUGUCUCCCUCUGCCAUCCGUCUUUUGAUUGUGCUCUUCGUCGCCUUGGGCUCUUUGACCUAUGGGUACAGCGCUAGCAUCAUCGCGACCACCCUGGGACAACCCUCGUUCAUCGCCUACUUCGAACUCGACACUCGAUCGAAUGCCACUCAAUUGACAGGCGCCAUCAAUGGCCUGUUCCAGACCGGCGGCCUAUUCGGUACCCUCUCCUGCACCAAGCUCCCGGACUGGCUGGGUCGGAGGAAGGCACUGCUGCUGAAUGCCGUCAUCACUGUCAUUGGAGGCGCCCUCCAAGCCGGGAGCGUCGACAUCGGCAUGUACAUUGCCAUGAGAUUCGUCACUGGCUGGGGAAUAGGUGGGCUCGUCACGCUCGUCCCUCUUUACCAGUCCGAAAUUGCACCUCCUCGAAUUCGGGGAUGGCUCGUGGGCAUGCACGGCGUCUUGAUCUGCGUGGGUUAUGCCGCGGCGAGCUGGAUCGGCCUGGGUUUCUACUUUGUCAACGCCAGCGGCGCACAAUGGCGACUGCCCCUGGCCAUCCAGUGCUUUCCCCCCUUGUUCCUGGCCCUCGGAGUCUUGUUCUUGCCCGAAUCGCCUCGCUGGCUCGUCGACCGUGACCGUGUCGACGAGGCGUACAGGUCGUUCAAGGCGGUCCGAGCUGAGAGGACCGACGACAUCAUCAGCGAUGAUCUGGCGAUCCGAGCAGAGUUCAAUCUCCUGCAAGGCCAGAUUCUGCACGAAAGGCUGGAAGUGCUGUCGUUUAUCGACCUCUGGAGAAAGCCUUCUAUGCGAAAGCGGUGCAUCGUGGGCUUCCUCGCCUUGUUUGGCUGCCAGGGAACGGCAACACUUGUCAUUAACAUCUUCGGCUUCUCUGGCACCAUCCUCGCCCUCAUCGGCGAAUGCAUCACGGUGUCUAUUUUCCAGCGCACCGGCGACCGGGGUGUCGCGGGCGCCGCCGUUUUCUUCCUCUUCUUGCACAUUACCUUUUUCUCGUGCUGCUGCGACGCAACCUCGUACAUUUACGCCGCCGAGAUCUUCCCCACGCCGGUCAGGGCCAAGGGGCUUGCUGUCUCGAUUUCCGGCCUCUUUAUCGCUACCAUUAUCUUCCUGCAAGCCGCUCCGACCGCUUUCGCCAACAUCGGAUGGAAAUACUACAUUGUUUUCAUCGUCGUCACCUCUCUCAUCACCCUCACCGUGUUGUUCUGGUUCCCGGAGACCAAGGGACUUUCCCUCGAGGACAUUGGCGAGCUCUUUGGCGACUCGAUCGAACCAACGCAGCUCGACGAAAAGAUGCAGGUGCAAGAGGAGACCAUCGAGGAUCUUGAUGCUGGGACGCAGUCAGAGAAACAUGUACAAUAA